UCCCUUAGUAUUGUUCGCAACUCUGGCGACGCUUUUACUUAAUUUCCUCGAGAGGCGUAGAAUGGAGGUGCGACUUGUCCACUAAAACUCUCAAUAAUAAACACUACAGUUGAAAGUGCAAAUGACGAAGAAAAUGUCAUGACAGGCAACCAGCGUUUACAAGUUCGUACUGAUAGAGCUAAUAUUGGCUUAAAAACAGAGAAAGCUAAGAACUGUCGUCGUUCUAGGCCUGCAUAAAGGACGACUUCGGAAGGGUGCGAAGUGACGCUGCUAUAGAACUAUAAAUAAAGAGAUCUGGGAGUUGGAACUUGGAGAAAGCCUGUAUUACAAAGUACACCAAUGACGCAUUAUUAGUUCAUGUGAUAACUUCUACCCUUACCCCACAGGCCAUUUUGGAACCUUAUUGACGUUGUGCGAUCGUGCUCCGAGGCUGUCAUGACGAAUCUCUUUGGCAUCAUCGUUUCUGGGAGAUUGGUACAAACCAACUUUGAGCAAGUAGGAGAAACUCAGUUCCUAACAGUUAUUCCAGAGGCAGACAAUAUAAAUCAUGUAGUGGUUUUCCUCACUGGAAGCCAACCUUUCCCAGUCGGUCUUGGUGGUUCAGUGUACUUCAGUUGGCCUGAUCCACUUAAUCCUCCAACAUGGCAGCUUUUAGGUAACAUAACAAAUGAAAAACCUUCUGCAAUAUUCAAAAUCUCAGGUCUUAAAAAAGGUGACUUGGCCUCACAAUCGGGCUUUACGUUUGGUCAGCAGAAACUUUCUCACAACGCACAAAUUGGAAUAUCAGUAGAACCUUUGUCUCAGAUCCAAGGACAAGUUGCCAAUCCAUCUGCUGAAGCUUCAACAGUCAAUUCAUAUGUAGAAUUUAGCCAAGCCAUGUGCGAAAACCUAUAUAACUUUGCAUCCAGUUUUGCUCAGAGUCCAGCUCAGAUGAAUCCUAAUCCCUCUGAACAGUAUAUUCCUUUAUCAACUUUAUCAAAAUGGUAUGAAAACUUUAGCCGCAGACUGCAACAGAAUCCAAACUUUUGGAGAAAGUGAGCAGAUCUUGGAAGAUUAUGUUAUUCCUAUAAGUUACAUAAUUUGUACAAGGAUAUAUGUCAAAAAUAAUUUGCUUAGAAUUAUGUUCAGAUUUAUCUUUCAAGACAAAUGAGACACCAGCAUUUUGUAUCGCAUUACAGCUGUGCUAGUCAUUUUUGUAUUAAUACAAUUCACUAUUCAUAUUGAAGUCACUCAGAAAUCUAUUUUUAUUAUUAAUGGUGUAGUUGUCCGUUAGUGUCAAUAGAAAGUAAAACAGUAACAUUUUGUAUAAUUAUGAUUGCAGUAAAUUGCAGUGACCAGUCCUGUAUGAAAAUUCUCUUUGCUUUGAUCCCCAACAAAUGUAGAAAAUAAGGUACUUCGCUAAAUCUUUCAUCAUUACAGCUGAAAUAUUUUAAGUAUUGAUUUUUGUUUUGCUCCUAACAAAUAUGAAAAUAGCUACUUCAGCAAUCAUUCAUCAUUACAGCCAAAAUACUUUAAAACAUAGGUUGUUUUUCAUCAAUGUAGCUGAAAUAUUUUUUUAAAUUUUGUUUUAGUAAUCUUUUUUACUGUGAGAAUCCAUUUUGUUAGUUUCUCUGGAUAAUUGAAAUUGGCUAAAAUGAUUGAAGUACUGAAGGUACUUUCAUCCUUAUCAUGUUCUAAUCAAAGUUUAUCAAUUUGUUCAACAUAUCUCGAGCACUGAAAGGACUGAUAGAUUAAGGGGGAAAACUUAUAAACUUUGCUUUUGGUAGAGUAGAUCUACAAGCUUGAAGUCUUUCCUUGUGAUAUUUUUAAAAGUAAGGAAAAUGCAUGGCAAUGAUUGCUAGUAUAUAUACCAUAUUAUUAUUAGAUAUAUAGGUGUUGGAUAUAUUUUUGCCACACUAGUAGUGUGAACUAAUGCUAAUUUUGGAUGUCCAUUAACAAAGACCCUUAUUUCAUUUCUUAAAAAUGUAGCUUUCAUGCUAAAGUUAGUGUCAAGGUAUACGUAUAACAUCUUUUUGAUGCUUUUUGAUUCAGGGGACAUAACACUUUUUAUGCUUUUUGAUACUUAAUGCCAUUUUUGUAAUAUUUCCAGUUAACUAAUGAUCUUCCUGUAUGCUGGUGUGUGUGAAUGACUAUCAAAAUUAGUAAAAGGAAGAGUUUUUUUUAAAUUAAAAUUUUUAAAGACAGAUGUAGUGUUUGAAGUUCAAAAGAUUUAAAAUGAUUAUCCUCAGUGAAUAAGAUUUGAUGUUUUAUCAGAUUAUUUAAUGACUACAGAUGCCGAAUCAUUCUUCAUUUUGUGUAAACUAAUGUUAUUUGCAGUUAGUAAACAGUAAUAUAUACACAACACAACAAAUUAAAACUGACAAAGUUUAUGUCAUUUUGAUGUGGCAGAUGUUAUAAACAGUUAAUAAUAUACAAAGUGUAUUCAUUGCUCAAUAAGUACAGUUAGAGGUACAGAGUUUUCGUAUUUUGUUUUUAUAUUUUCUUACAGCAUCAGUUGAAGUCACAAAGAAGACUAUUCAUAAUACAUGUCUGUUAUUAUAGUUACAAUAAAUUUUUCAGUAUAAUACAA